GAAAAAAAUUGUUUUUAUUAUACAAGUGGCCGUGAAUCUAUCAAUAUAUCGGAAAAACGAUGUAUUUAAAAAAAGUGGUGCUCUUCGCGUUUUUAACUACACCGCUUUAAUUUAUCGGAAGAAUAUUGAAUUCAAAUUAUUUGCCUAUCGGAAAUAUGCAAUCGCCGGCAAGUGCCACGCAGAGCAUUGAAUCAUUGCCUGCCACCAGCAGCAGCGAUGAAGAAUCCACCUUGGAUGCGAUACUUAUACGUUUGGGUGAAUUCGGACGCUUCCAGACUGUAAUACUCGUGCUAACCUGCCUGCCGGUGCUGUUCAAUUCCGUUUCGUCGAUCACAUACGUUUUCACAGCUGGCACUGUAGCGCACAGGUGCAACAUCACCGAAUGCGAUGGCCCACAAAGCGUCUACGAUGAGCCAUGGACGAAAUACGCCAUUCCUACGAAGAGCCGCGAACUAGAUCAAUGCCGGCGUUACGCACCCAGAGCAAUUACAAAUUGGACAACCCCACGCGCGGAUGAACAAUAUUGCGGGGCAGACAAUUUUGAUAGCGAGGUGGCACAGGAUUGUCCAGGCAAUAGUUUCAUAUUUCGCGAUGAAGAAGUGACGAUAUCGAAUGAUUUUGGCAUUUACUGCGAUGACGAAUGGAAGCUGACGUUGGCAGGUACGGUCAACAAUGUGGGGCAAUUCGUUGGUAUACCACUCGGAGGGCUGAUAUCAGAUAAAUAUGGCCGUCGUAAUGCACUCACACUUGGCGGCAUACUAAGCGCCAUAUUUGGCAUUUGGCGCUCUUUUACCACAGCCUUUGUGCCAUUUCUUAUUUUCGAGUUCCUCGACAACGUCGCCAAUAGUUCACUCUAUACUAUUUGCUUCAUCAUUGGCAUCGAGCUGGUGGGGCCGAGUAAGCGCGUGCUUGCUUGUAGCGUGAUUACAAUCUUCUAUGCCAUUGGUGAAAUAAUCUUGGCCACAGUCUCGAUGUAUUUCCCGAAUUGGCGUAUUAUGCUACGGAUUUUGUACAUACCGGCACUAGCCAUUUUAUCCUACUACUGGAUACUGCCAGAGAGCGUACGUUGGCUACUUAGUCAGGAGCGUGAAACGGAAGCUACGGACAUAUUGAAGCGUGCAGCACGCACGAAUAAACGUCGACUGUCUGAUGCGACGCUGGAUAAAUUAAUAUUAGCGAAUCGUGAGAAGCUAAACACUCAGGGUGGCAGGCGUUUCCCUAUACGUGAGGCAUGUGGAAAAUUAUUUUUUCGUAUUGCAAACUGUUCGCUGAGUUGGGUAGUCAUUGUGCUUGUGUACUAUGGACUGAGCUUGAAUUCGGUGUUUUUGGGCGGCAACAAGUAUUACAAUUUCAUGUUGAUUGCGCUAGUGGAAAUUCCAGGCUUCUUCUUGCCAUGCCUAACAAUGGAUAGAUAUGGCAGGAGAUAUUCGCUCUGCGGUUAUAUGCUGCUCAGUGGCUUAUGUUGUUUGUGUACGGUUUUCGUGGCUUCAGAUCAGUAUUAUCUGCAACUAACCUUGUUUUUGGUGGGCAAAUUGUCCAUUACCGCAGCGUUCCAGGUUUUAUACUUUUUCACCUCGGAGAUAUUUCCAACGAAUCUGCGCAACAGUUUGAUGUCAUUUUGUUCGAUGGUGGGACGAUUUGGAGCGAUGGUGGCGCCACAAACUCCAUUGCUGACUAAAUACUAUGAAAAUGCACCAGCAAUACUGUUCGCGUUCUGUGCCUUACUUAGUGGCUGUCUAUCGCUGCUGUUUCCCGAAACCUCAAAUACGAUUUUGCCAACAACGUUACACGAAGCGCAUAAAAUUGGCAAUAAGAAACCUUCGAAGGAUCCAAAUAGCAGUACAGUUAAUUUAGAAAAUGAGAACACUUACAUAUAAGAAAUAUGGUAUACCAUAAUAUUUAAAAGUAAACAGAACAGUGCCGAGUAACUCUCAAUGAAACUCAAUUAUAAAAGUAAGAAUAUUUAAAGGAUAAUUUGUGGAAUACGAGGUGUGCUCAAAAAGUAUCGCGAAUAUUGUGUUUUUUUCAAAAAUUAUUUAUUUAUCCAUAAAUAUCUAUUUUGUCCCCUUCAAAGUAAUCCCCAUGAGAUAUUAUGCACUGGUGCCAACAUUUUUCCAAACUUCGAAGCACUUCAAAAAAUCAUUUUUUUUAUCUUGUUCCGCUCCUCCUUCGAUGCCGUCUUUAUCUCGUCAAUCGUAGCGUAGCGUCGUCUUUUCAUGGGCCUCUUCUGUUUCGGGAUCAAGAAAGAGUCACAGGGGGCCAGAUCUGGGGAAUACGGUGGCUGUGGCAUCAUUAGUGUGUUGUUUUUGGCCAAACGCACAAGCAACGAUGUGUGAGCAGAAACGUUAUCAUGAUGCAAGAGCCAAUUUUUAUUCUUCCACAAAUCUGGGCGUAUCUGGCGGAUUGCUUCGCACAAAUUGCGCAGAACUUGCAGGUAAUAUUCCUUAUUGACCGUUUUACCAUGUGGGAAGAGCUCAUGAUGGGCUUUUUUCGGUCUUGGUUCGUGCGGCACCUUCCAUUGAGUUGAUUCAGCUUUGAUUUCCACGUCAUAACCAAAAACCUACGAUUCGUCACCAAUCGAUAUGUCUAGGUUCUCAACAAUUUCUCUAACGGUGAUUCGACAAUUGGCCAAUACCAUUUUCUUCACUUCAUCAAUUUUUUCGUCUGUUGUGGAAGUACUCGGACGUCUCGCACGUUUUUCGUCGUUCACAUCUUCUCGGCCUUCUGCGAACAUUUUGUACCACCGAUAAACGUUGCUUUGGUCCAAAGGAGCUUCUCCGUAUGACACAGUCAACAUUCGGAAUGCAUCCGCGCCCUUAAUUUCGUUUUUCACACAAAAUUUGAUACAGGUUCUUUGAUCCAUCUUUUUGAAUAGGUGAAAAUCGAUGACUAGCCGAAACACGUGCAAGCAAAUGGCCGAACUCGUCGGCAUGAGUGAGAGACAUGAGUACCAACAUAUCGCCAUGAAAAAAUGGCAAUUCGAAUAUACGUCACCCGCGAAAAUUCAAAAUUCGCGAUACUUUUUGAAUACACCUCGUAUAGGCAAUUAAAGAAAUAUUUAAUAUGCAACUCGCCAGCUAGUCGAUAGUUCUGCAAGACUUAGAGUGAAAUAUAAUAUGCACCAUCGUUAAACUUCGAUGAAAAUAGUAGAUGACAUUUCCUCACAGGCGCAAAUGGAGUAGCUGCGUAGUAGGCCAAGAACAUAAGAGAGCUGUAAAAGUGCUACCAACAUUUUUUUAGAUGAAGUUGGUAGUAACUUAAUAUUUAAGGAGCUCACAGAUUACUAAAUAUUCUAAUAAUUUAAAAGCCGUAAAAAACUUCAGACUACUCAAAAAUUGCAAAGUGCUAAAGAUUAGUGAAUUGGUGGCAGGCAGGUAAUUUAUUAAUUGGCUGUUAGCCGUUUUCCAGUUUACAAGUUAUAUAAAGUUUACGCUUAACUACAGUUAAAUAAUGCAUUUAAAUUAGACAAAUUGCGUGAAAUUAUUUUUUUAAAGUAGUUACUCACUUGCAAAAUGGAGUUAACAUAGCUUUUCUGGCUUAACAGGAAAUGUUAUGCUAACAGGGAUAGUCGAAUUUUUCAAGAUACUUUCAGGCUCAGCCCGAACUGCAAGCAAGCAAACAAAAGAGGAGUAAUUAAUUAAGUUUUGAAAGAAUUUAAAACGAAUUAAUUCAUAGUUAUGGAAAUAUUAAAAAGAAUUACUGCUUCAUUUAUUUUUAAUAUAAAUAUACGGGGUUACCGGAACAGACGUUCUAGACAUCAGUUAGAUAAUUUCUGAUUAAUUUGAUUACAUUUAAAUAAAAAAAUAUGUGCUUAUACAUAUAUAACUUUACAACUUCGGAGA